AUGAAGAUUGCAGCAGCCACGAUUCUUUCUGCGCUGGCGUUUAGCAGCCUGGUGAGUGCGGUACCUGCGAAGAGGGACGGCCUGAAGUGCCAAGCCAAGUACGCGCCAGGACCGCUGGCAGCGCGGGCGCACUUUGGCUCCGACACCGAGAGGCAAUACUUUGCAUUUAGAGGAGUAGAAGGACGCGAGGGCGAGGUGCUGGCAACGUCGGACAAGCCAGGACAGGAGGUGCAGUUCUAUGAAUGUGAGAAGCCAGCGGAGAACUACUACCCGGGCAAGGAUGACGACGACAAAUCGUUUGGACAACUGAGGCUGAAGGAAGACCCGAGCCUGUGUGUGACGGUUGGGGCAGACGAGGCACUGCGGCUGGAGAAGUGCGAGGAGGGAGCGACCAAGAAAAUGGAGGGACAAUGGAUGGCAGCGACGAACGUAGGCGAAGGAUGUGCGUCGAUUGUAUGGCAUGCACCACUGCAGGGCCAAAAGCUGCAAGGACAAGUUCUGUUUGAUCAUGAUGUGAUUCAGCUGGAUGAAGUGAGGCGGAGCAACAUCAAAGGUGCUGUGGCAUUUAAGAUGGACAACGGAGCGUUUGGAGGAAAAUGUGUAGGAUAG